AUGGCCGAUUUCUUGUGGCAAGAUUACCGAUCGUGGCCGGAGCAACCAAGUGAUCUACCCGACGUAGACGACACAGACGUGGAGGUGGAGGUGAAAAGAAACAAGGCGAAUAUUGGUGCCGUCAUCGUAUCUGAGAACGCAAUUCCCAAGUUGUAA